ACUUUCACUUUCACGCCAUUUAUAUUCACCAGAAUUCACCUCUCCUUUCCUCUCCUCUCCUCUCCAAACCUCGAUCCAUCUGCCAGAACAGAUCAAAACGUUCUUUGCAUUCCAGUAGCUAACCACCACAGCAACACUCCAAACACACUUUAAUUAUCAAGAUGCAUUUCUCGCAGAUCCUCGUUUUGGGCGCUGCCUUUGCCAUGGCCAAGGUCAUGAUCACCAAUGCCGACUACAGCGGCAUUACCUUCGACCAUCCAUUCACGGUCACCUGGCAGGGUGCAACUGGCAUGGUCAGCUUGCUUCUCAAGAAUGGCGUGCCAUCCAACCAGCUCUUGGUCGACACCAUUGCUGAUGGACUCUCCGGCACUUCAUUCACCUGGUACCCCGAGGGAAAUCUCGAAGAGGGCAUCUAUAACCUGGAGAUCAAGGAUUCCAGUGGCGGCGUCAACUACAGCCCGCAGUUCCGCAUUGACCACGGCAUCGCCUACGAUGAUGGCGAGGGUGACGACGCCCAGCACCACAGCGUGGCUCCGGGCCAUUUCCUCCACAAUGCCACUGAAUCUAUUGGCACUGAAACCACUGAGUAUGUCACCGCGACCACUGGUCAUGCUGGCGCGUUCCCCACCUUGGUUCCGGUGCACAAUGCCACGGUGACUUCUUCCACCGGCGUGAACAACCACACCGUCGGCACACCGACCAACACAAGUAUGUACCCUGAGAUGGUAAUGACGUUCUCAUACUGACCAUGUUGCAGGCAUCUCCCCACCAACGUCGAGCGUCCUUACGGCCAAGGCAGCCCACCAUGUGUCACCGUUCAAUGGACUCGUGUUAAGCCUUCUCGGUGCACUUGCGCUGGGCAUUGCCAACUGAUAGGAUCAGGUUUGGCGGAGGCUCAUAUUUGUAUAGUUUCCGCUGCUGGUGUCAUGGUACGAGGUGGUGAAGGUGGAAUGGGUUUAUUGUGUUUAUUGUCUGUGAAGGUUUUAGCCCUUUACAUUAUUCUUUGUUUUUACUGUACCAGCAGAGAUACGGGCGAGGGGUAUGAUUAUAAAAAAAAAUCGGAGAGGGAUAGGGAUAGGGAUAGGGAGAGGGAUAGGGAUAGGG